AUGAUGCCAAUAUUCUCGCUACUAAUCUUUCUGGUUCUCACAGGGAAACACAUUUCAGAAGCUUCUCUAUGUUCUGAAUUACGUUUAACAAUAACGAAUACAAUCAGUAAUGAUUAUUAUUCGAUUCUCACUGAACAAACUAAACCAUCGAAUGUAAUAAAAGUAUCAUUAACAGUUAAACAAUUUGUUAGUAGUACAUCAUGGUUUAUUAUGGGUGCAAGUAAUUCUUCAUCAUUAAUUGGUUCAUGGCAACCAUUUACUUCUGCGGAUGGUCAAAUAAUAGAUUGCUCGUUAUUUUCAGAACAAGCAGUAACUAAUCAAAAUUCAUUAAUUGAUAAUGGAAAUCGAUCACAAUUUACAUUCUAUUGGAUGCCUCCUCCUUCAUUCAACAACAUUGUUACUUUUGUUGCAACUAUCUUUGAAAAUUAUACAAUAAACGAUAAACCCUCAAUACAAUAUAUUCAAAGUAUAUCUAUAGAUAUUGAACAAACAAACGAACGACAACGGUAUCAAGACGUUAGUAUAGCUUUUUGCAACUCCUCACCAUGUCUGAAUGGUGGUACUUGUCGUUUCAAUCCUCAAUAUUCAAGUUGUCAAUGCGUAGCGCCAUGGAACGGCGUAUUUUGUAAUCUUCAAUAUUUUCAUAUAAUGCUUGGCAGUGAUCUACCAUUUACUAGCGACUUUUAUUUUAAUACUCUCGGUUCUCCAUCUUACGCUAAUUUAUCUGGUGAUCUAUUUCCUUGGUUGAAUAAUGCAUUUAGUGCACUGCCAUCAAAUCGGGUGUAUUCAAUAAAUUUUGUGGCUCCAAGUUUAUCUGGUUCAUAUAUUUCAAUUAGUAUGGCUGUAACACCGACAAGUGCCAUAUACACACCUGUUAUUCUAUCAGCACUUGCAGUAGCAUUAGCUCAGAAUAAUAAGACACCACUUGGUCGACAGUUGUCGAUUUCUCCAUCAUUGAUAACAAAUCCCGUGACACAAGAUGCAGGACCCUAUACUUCGUGCGUUUUCCCGUUUUCAUAUGUCACGGUUGACUACAAUUUUUGUAUACCGCUACCUCCGGCUUUUGUAUGUUCACUAUCUCGUGUAAUUGAUAGAAAUUCAACAUUUAACAGCCUUGAUUGUUCAAGAAAUAUUUUUAAUUAUGUUUCAAAAGAUCCUUGCUUUCCAAACAUAUGUAUCAAUGGCGGUACAUGUGUAACUGUCAAUAAUGUUGCUACAUGUACUUGUCCAGCAUAUUUUACUGGUAGUCGAUGUGAUCAGUUGUACGGUUGUAAUCCACUAACAAAUUCUCAAGCGAUUACUUGUACUAAUCGCGCUAGCUGUGUAGGUAAUACUUGUGUUUGUGCCUCAAAUAACACCGUUGGUACAUUAUGUGAAAUUCUGGCAGGCAAUACUGGAUGUAUUUUUCCGUUUACGUAUAUGAAUGUAUCAUAUUCAUCAUGCGCUGUUGUUAGUGGUCAAUCACUGUGUGUUGUAAGAAAUUCUGAGAAAAGUGGUCAAUUUCCUGUUUCAGUGGCUGGUUGCGGAGCUCCUCAAUGCCAAAAUAAUCCAUGCGGUAAUCGAGGAGCUUGUCGGAACACAGUGAGUGGAUCAUUUCGUUGCAUAAAUUGUGCCACAGGAUACAGUGGCUAUUUUUGUGAAUUACAAUAUCAAACGAUUGAAAUGGCAUUCAAUAUAACCUAUACACCUGAUUAUCAAAAUGCAAGAAGCAAUGCAUCACAACAAUUACAAACAUUAAUUAAUCAAACAUUAAGUGCAUCAUUUAUCAAUAUAACAAACGGAGGUGUUAGAUCAGAUGUUAUUUCGUUCGUACAAAAUCCUGAUGGAACUACAAGUGCUAUUGUAAAUAUAAAUACAAAUUAUUUAAAUUUUCUUAAUAAUGCAACACAAACAGCAUUGAAUGGUAUUGUAGGUAUUACCACUGUUACUGCCAAUACAACUCGUGCAUGUGCGCCAUGGUAUAUAUAUCAAGGAAGAAAUAUAUCUGGUUGCAUCUUAAAUCAAAAUAAUGUACCUAUUUGUUCAUUAACGAAUAAUUUUGAUCGUGAUGGACAAUUUACAAUAUGUUCAGAACCAAUCUAUCUCAGUUUAUGUAACAACGUGUUUUGUGGUGGCGGUACAUGUAUUGUAACAAGUCGUAAUUUAACCUAUUGUCAAUGUCAACCGGGUUUAACGGGUGCCAAUUGUGAUCAACUCAUUCAAUGUAAUAGUAUUAAUUGUCUAAAUAAUGGAACAUGUAUUACAUUAUCAACGGGAUUUUUUCGUUGUGCCUGUCAAUCUGGCUAUGGAGGAAGUUAUUGUCAAUUCAAUAUAACUGCUUGUGUAUUUCCUUUUGUUGAUAAUCAAAAUCAAACACAUAAUACAUGCAUAACAACAAGUGAUUAUUUAGCAGGAACAGUCGCAUGGUGUCGAAAUAAUCGUGGUCAACCAAUGAGCUGUGAAAUUGAUUAUUGUGCACGAAAACCAUGUGUAUAUGGUACAUGUAUUCCAUCAAUCCGAUGGGCAUUUGGUAAUUCAUAUCCAUCUUUUAUAUGUAAUUGUUCGAUUGGUUUUACGGGAAUUCUAUGCGCAUACGCUUAUUUUCGAUUAAAAGCGCUGUAUCUUGCUCCAAAUAUUUCUCAAACAACACUUAAUGCUUUAGAAUCUCCAACAACACAAGCGUAUACAAGUCUAUCGAAUAUGUUUCGGAAUUUAAUUCGUAAUGCAACAAAUUCAAGUUUCGAUUUUUUGCCAUUAUACUAUACAACAUUUCGACUUGCUACUGGAAACUAUUAUCAAAUAACUGCUGAUAUGUCAUAUGCUGGUAAUCUAAGUCAAACUGAUAUUGCAAACAUAGUAACACCACUUCUUUCAAAUCUUCCGCCACAAUUCAAUGCUACAUAUAUCAACAAUGGCCUGUUAGACCCCGACUCAAUUCAACCACUUAAUCCUGCACCUAAUUGUACUUUACCGUAUGCUAUUAAUGGUCAGUCAUUAGCUGUAUGCCAUGUGGACAGCAAUGCACUUGCUUAUUGUGCUUAUGCACAAACUUAUACAUUAGUUGAUCGAAAACUAUGCGAUGCUACUAACUUACCAACAGCACAGUAUACAGCAUGUAGUAUAUUAAAUAUAACAAAUCCAUGUAAUAGUACAGCUAAUUUUCCUAUUCAAUGUGUUGCUGCUGACGAUGGAUGGACUUGUUUUUGUCAAGUUACACAAACACUAGGCAAAAACUGUGGAGAUUUAAAUUUUUGUCGAAAUGGUUCAUUACUUUGUCAAAAUAAUGCAACUUGUAUUAAUCGACCUGAUUUACUAGAUUUUUCUUGUAGUUGUACUAAUCCAUAUUAUGGCCGUUAUUGUCAAAAAUUUAAUGUUGGCUAUACAAUGUAUUUACUCAAUUAUUCAAAUAGAACGUCACCUGGCCUUCCAGCAUUAAUAGCAAGUAUUAAUCAAACCAUCAUAAAUAUUACAAAUGGAUCUGUUAUAGCUACCAGUAUUACCAUAAGUCCCUCCGGUCAAGUGACACUACUUGUAGAAGGCACCAAUUAUUCGAUUCCAGGACUUGAAACAUCUUUAGUGGGCGCAGUUAAUAAUAAUUUGACAGUGGGUCCUUACCUUGUUGCUUUUAAUCGAACGAAUAUUGUUUCAAUAGAAACUAAUUCUACGUGCUUUUUUCCGUUUGCCUAUGAUGGUGUUAGUUAUACGUCAUGUACAACAAUAGGAUAUGGUUUUCCUUGGUGUAGUACAACACCAGUUUUUAGUGGUCAUAUCAUUGAUUGUCGAAAUAUCAACUGGUGUGCAUCAGGUCCAUGUUUGAAUAAUGGAACAUGUACAAUUGAUAAUGCAUUAGGAACAUUUAGAUGUAAUUGUGCUGAUGGGUGGACUGGUGUCCAGUGUGGCUAUCCUUCUGAAACUAUCAUAAUUGUUGUUCCACUUGGAAAUAGCACUUAUAAUAAUUUAACUUAUCUUAAUAUUAGUGCAUUAUUACCAAAUGUAACAAAUGGUACAAUUAAUAUUGAUACUAUACGUCCUGGUCCAAAUAACACAAUUAUAAUAACAAUAAUUGUCAAUGGUAGUAGGGUACCAAAUAUAACCUGGCCAAAUAUAUUAAAUAUAACUGUUUUUCCAACGAAAAAUAUUAAUGGUUGCGUAUUCCCAUAUAUAUAUAAUAAUAGAACAUAUUCUACAUGUAUACCGCUCAAUUUAUUUCGUUCAACGUAUUGUUGUGAAAAUUCAAACUGUGAUCUAAAUCCUCAAUGGCAACUUUGUAAUAAUUCAAAUAUUUGUGCUGCUUGUGCACCUAAUGCGGGUUGUACAAUGACUGGAUCUGGUCUUAUUUCAUGUGUUUGUCCAGUGGGUACAACUGGAAAUCUUUGUGAUAUAUCUAUUGAUUUAUGCGCACAAUCCAAUCGUAGUUGUCUUAAUAAUGGUGUUUGUGUUAUUAAUCCAAACACAUCAGCAGGCUAUUGUAAUUGUAGUUCGCCAUCUUUUAGUGGAAGUCGAUGUGAAAUUUUUCUUCCAUGUCUAUCUUUUCCAUGUUUAAAUAAUGGUGCAUGUUCAGCAAGUUCAAUUGGAACAGUUCAGUGUAAUUGUACAAAUUGUUAUAGUGGCCCACUUUGUCAAAACACAAACUAUUGUUGUUUGAAUGUAUGUUCACCAAAUGGCCAAUGUCUACUUGGAGUCAAUAAUUCGUACACGUGUAUAUGCCAACCUAAUUAUGUUGGAGUUAAUUGCACUACAUUUAAUCCAUGCGCUAUUCUUCCAUGUGCAAAUAAUGGAACUUGUAUUAUUACAAGCGGAACUAGUUAUCAAUGUUUGUGCCCAGCAGGAUGGUCAGGUGCUAGCUGUACUAUUCAAGUAAAUCCAUGUGCAUCGUUGCCUUGUCGAAAUAAUGGACAAUGCCUGGCUAUUGGUAAUCAAUUCAUUUGUAAUUGUCUGGCGGGUUUUAAUGGAACAUUUUGCGAUAUUCCAAUAAAUCCAUGUGCUAGCAAUCCUUGUUUAAAUAACGGUACAUGUUAUCAACAAAUAACAAAUUCUUUGUUUAAUACAACUGCAUCUUUGUUUGGUUAUGCUUGCGUAUGUAAUCCAACAUUGUAUUCUGGUGCACGUUGUGAACUUCUUAUUUCACCGUGUCCAACAAAUCCAGCUAUGCCAUCACCGUGUCGUAAUGGUGGUACAUGUACUCCAAGUGCUAAUGGUUCAACAUAUAAUUGUUUUUGUGGAUUUCCAUAUGCUGGCAAUAACUGUGAUCAAAUCAUUAACCCAUGCGCACCGAAUCCAUGCGCACCGAAUGGUCAAUGUUUUCUUAAUCUAGUUACGUCAAGUUUCACGUGCGUUUGUAUAAAUUCAACUUACACCGGUCCACUAUGUCAAAAUUUAACCAAUCCGUGUUUAUCAUCUCCAUGUUUCAAUGGUUCGACUUGUAUAUUAAAUGGAUCAAAUUUUAUUUGUCAAUGUCCACCUAAUCGUACGGGAAUUUUUUGUCAAAGUCUUCUACCACCAUGCACAGCUGCAACAUGUUUCAAUAAUGGUACAUGUCUUUUUUCUGGUAGCACAGUCACUUGUGUAUGUCCACCAUUAUUUACUGGUCCUCAAUGUCUUCAAAAUAUCAAUCUAUGUUCUCCAUCGCCAUGUUUAAAUAAUGGUACUUGUAUUAUUUCAUCGCCUACUACAGUUUCUUGUCAGUGUUCAACACUAUGGACAGGAAAUUUAUGUGGAAUAUUAGUUAAUCCAUGUUUAACAUAUCCUUGUUUUUUUGGUGGUACUUGUUUAUUAAAUAGUUUAUAUCAGCCAACUUGCGUAUGUCCACCAACACAAACAGGAUUAUAUUGCCUGACAACAAUUGAUCCAUGUUUAAGUGGACCUUGUUAUAAUAAUGGUACAUGUAUUUCAAAUUCUGCCAAAACAACCUAUACAUGUAUAUGUCCAAUUUUAUAUACGGGUAGUACAUGUGCGAGUUUAGCUAAUCCAUGUUUACCCAGUCCAUGUUUAUUUGGUACAUGUUAUUCAUUAAAUAAUGGAUCAUAUUAUUGUGCAUGUGCAGCUUCCUAUACAGGACUUAUUUGUGAUCAACCUAUUAAUCAAUGUGCCUUUUUACCAUGUGUCAAUAAUGGCACUUGUACAAACCUUGGUACAACUUAUCUCUGUGUAUGUCCACCAGGUUUUUCGGGUAAUUCAUGUGAACAAAUAAUAAAUCCAUGUUCAAGUAAUCCUUGUCAAACCGGUACAUGCUAUCUAACAGGAAUUCGUUUUGUAUGUGCAUGUGAUGCAUCACAUACGGGAGCUUUCUGUCAAACACAGUUAAAUCCAUGCCUUUCAAAUCCAUGUCUUAAUAAUCAAACAUGUUUAAAUAGUGGAACAACUACAACUUAUACAUGUAAUUGUGUAACGCCAUUUACAGGUCAACGUUGUCAAACAACACUUUUACCAUGUACAACGAUGGUUUGUUUGAAUGGUGGUACUUGUUUACAGACAACAUUAGUAACAAGUCAGUGUUUAUGUCCAAAUGGUUAUUCAGGUACCUAUUGUGAACUAGUCAUAAAUCCUUGCCAAUCUCAACCUUGUUUUAAUAAUGGAACUUGUUUAUCAUCAUUAAAUAAUAUCUAUGUAUGCAAUUGCUUAUCAUAUUAUACCGGUACUUUUUGUGAACAAUAUAAUCCAUGCAUGAAUUAUACAUGUUUAAAUGGUGGCACUUGCGUUAUUUCUCCAUUAACUAUUGGUGGUCGAACUUGUCUAUGUCCACCAGCGUAUACUGGUCAAAUUUGUAACACAGCAAUAAACCCUUGUUCAAGUUCACCAUGUGUUAAUAAUGGUGUUUGUUUAUCAGCGCUAGGAACAACUAAUUUUACAUGUAUUUGUACACCAACAUAUACCGGAAUAUUUUGUGACGUGUAUAUUAAUCCAUGUAUAAAUUACUUGUGCUCAAACGGUGGUACUUGUUAUCGAACUAUUAAUGGAACACCAGUGUGUUCGUGUUUACCAAGUUUUACAGGAGCUCAGUGUUUAACUCAAAUUAAUCCUUGUCUAUCAGCACCAUGCCUUAACAAUGGUAUGUGUUCAUCCUUAUUACCGAUUUAUAAUUAUACAUGUACAUGUCCAUCCAAUUAUACUGGAUAUCGUUGUGAAAAUUUUAUUGCCUCAUGUUCAACAAUAUUAUGUCAAAAUGGUGGUACUUGCGUUUAUAAUGGUCUGAGUGCUGUUUCAUGUAUAUGCCCACCUACAUGGACGAGUACACUAUGCACACAACGUAUAGAUCCAUGUACAACAUCAAAUCCUUGUUUAAAUUCUGGUAUAUGUAUUGCAAUAUUUAAUAGUACUAAUCAAACAACGAUUGCAUGUCAAUGUGUCGCUGCAUUUACUGGUCAAUAUUGUGAAACAAAUAUAUCACCAUGUACACAAUUACCAUGCAUCAAUGGUCAAUGUUUACUACGUGCUGAUGGAACCCCGAUAUGUUAUUGUAAUAAUCAAUGGACAGGUGCAGCUUGUAAUACAUUAAUAUCUCCAUGUACAUCUCAACCAUGUCUGAAUAAUGGUGUUUGUUAUUCAACUGGAAUAAACUAUACAUGUAUCUGUUCUCAAGGUUAUUCUGGUGUACGCUGUGAAAUUGUUUCACCAACAUUGUGUACAUUAACUUGUUCAAAUAGUGGAACAUGUGCUAUACGUGGACAAGAUAAUACACAAAUAUGUAUUUGUCCUACAGGUUAUACAGGUAUGCGAUGUGAAAUGCAAUUAUCACCCUGUACGCCAUCACCAUGUUUGAAUAAUGGUGUCUGCUUUCCAGCAACAUAUCCUAAUGGUACAUUAGGUUUUCAAUGUGCUUGUACAGCACCGUAUACUGGUCCAAUAUGUGCAACUUAUAUGCCAUUAGCAUGUGGAAAUACAACGUGUUUAAACGGUGGAACAUGUUUUAUUAGUGGUAAUCAAACAGUUUGCCUAUGUUCAAGUUUAUUUACAGGAAUUCAUUGUGAAUCCUUAAUUAAUCCAUGUAAUAGUCAACCUUGUGUUAAUGGUGGUAUAUGUUAUACUACACCAACCGGUCGUAAAAAACGUCAAAUCAUAACAGCAAUGGGAUACUAUUGUCAAUGUCCAAGUUUGUACACAGGAACUCGGUGUGAAUCCUAUAUUUCCUUAUGUGGAUCAAAUCCGUGUCAAAACAAUGGAACAUGCUAUCAAGGUCUAUCAUUAAAUAUAAUAUAUUGUGCUUGUAUGCAAAAUUAUACGGGAACAUUUUGCAAUACACCAUUGAAUGCAAGCAAUGUUUGUAGAGCAAAUCCUUCGAUUUGUUUGAAUGGUGGAACAUGUCAAAUUAGUUCAUCUUCAUCACAAGGAUUUUCAUGUACAUGUUCACCUACAACAACAGGUUAUUUUUGUGAGCGACCGAUUGAUCUAUGCCAAACGAAUCCAAAACCAUGUGCUAAUAACGGAACUUGUGUUGCAUCUCUAACCGGUUAUAUAUGCAUUUGUCCGAAUGGCUUUUCUGGUACUAAUUGUUCGAUUUCAACAAAUCCAUGUAGUUCACAACCUUGCUUUCGUAAUGGAACAUGUAUUGCUCUCGGUACACAAUCUUAUACAUGUAUUUGUCCAACGGGCUAUCUCGGUACUCGAUGUGAAAUAUGUAAUUGCCUGUGUAACAUUUAUCCGUGUCUUAAUGGAGGUAUAUGCCAGCAAACUACUCUUGGAGGUGUUGCAUGUACUUGCCAACCUGGUUAUACUGGCGUUCGAUGUGAAACUUCUCUACUUCCUUGUGAUUCGAAUCCAUGCUUAAAUGGAGGUGUAUGUUUAUAUGAUCCAGCGACGAUGAUAAUGACUUGCCAAUGUUGUGGUCUCGCAACUGGAAGAUUUUGUGAAAUCUUGAUCAAUCCAUGUAAUACAUCCAUUCCGUAUUGUUUUAAUGGUGGCACGUGUGUUUCGAAUACAAAUGUGCAACCAAUCUGUAUUUGUCCAAAUACUUUUACUGGCACGUAUUGUGAAAUAUAUUCAAAUCCAUGUGCAUCAAUCAGUUGUAUCCAAGGAACUUGCGUCAUAUUAGCUAAUUCAACAUUUCUUUGUCUUUGUCCAACUGGUCGUUCAGGUAGUUAUUGUCAAAUAGUUGAUCCAUGUUUAGUCACAUCUGGAACCAUAGCACCAUGUCGUAAUGGUGGUACUUGCAUUCGUUUAAGUACUACAUCAUACAUAUGUGUAUGUCCCAUUGGGUUUAAUGGUGCUUAUUGUGAUAUAGUAAAUCCAUGUUCGAAUAUACCAUGUGCACCAAAUGCCACAUGUGCUGCUUUAAUAAAUGGUAGUGCUAUUUGUUUAUGUCCUCCUGGUAUGACAGGUAGUCUUUGUAAUCAAAAAAUAAUCAGUUCAUUUUGUGCAUCAUCACCUUGUCUUAAUAAUGGUACUUGUAUCGGAACAAUAUGUUUAUGUCCAAGCAAUACCGCUGGUCCGACAUGUACUACAAUUGGAGCUCCAUGUCCGACACCGUCUCAGCCAUCACUUGUUUGUUUAAAUGGUGGUACAUGUAUACCUGGUUAUGGAUGCUUUUGUAAUGCUGGAUUUACUGGUGCAAAUUGUGGCACACCAAUAUUUAAUAGCUGUACAAGUUCGACCUGCUUCAAUGGAGGUACAUGUGUACAACUAUUUAAUAAUACAUUAAUAUGUUUAUGCCCAGCGGGAUAUACUGGCUCACGAUGUGAAGCAUAUAAUUCAUUGUGUGUGCCAAAUCCAUGUCAAUUCAAUGGUACCUGUAUUCCAAGUGGUACCACUGGUUACAUUUGUAUUUGUCCACCGAAUUUUACAGGACCACAAUGUAAUCUUGUUACUAAUCCUUGUCUUUAUUUACCCUGUUUAAGCGGUGGUACUUGUAUACCACUUCCUAAUGGUGGUUACACCUGCAUUUGUCUAUCAACAUAUACUGGCGCACAAUGCCAAACGAUUAUAAAUCCUUGUUUAUCAAUGCCAUGCAAUGCUGGUACAUGUAUAAGUAUCAAUAGUGGUCUUGCUUAUUUAUGUAAUUGUCCACCACAAUUAACUGGCUCAACAUGUCUCGUUGCUAAUCCAUGUGGUAUUCAAUCUUGUCUUAACGGUGGAACCUGCAUAUUAACAGGUACUAGUACAUAUAUAUGUGUAUGUCCAAUAAAUUAUUCGGGUGCAUAUUGUCAAGUAAAUAAUUUAUGUUUAUCAAAUCCAUGUUUAAAUGGUGGAACAUGCACGGUGUUAACUACAUCAAUGAUAUCAUGUUUAUGUACACCAGCAUAUUAUGGUAAUCUAUGUCAAAUAUUAAAUCCGUGUCAAAAUUCUAUGUGUACUCAUGGUAUUUGCCAAAUCAGUGGUCUAUCGUUAACAGCUCAAUGUGCAUGUUAUGCUGGAUGGACAGGUACAUAUUGUGAUAUAUACAUUGCUUGUUUAAGUAAUCCUUGUCUAUAUGGUACAUGUGUAUCAUCGACGUCUUGUGGUUAUGUAUGUAAUUGCAUAGCUGGUUACUAUGGUCCACAAUGCCAAUAUCCAAUGGUACAAACACCAUGUCAGAGUAGCCCAUGUCAUAACGGUGGUACAUGUCAACUAACAACGAAUGGAUAUGUAUGUUUAUGUCCAGCUUAUUAUGUUGGUGUUAAUUGUGACUAUACUAAUCCGUGUUUAUUAAAUGGAGCUUCUUCAUCGUGCCAAUCCAUAUUAGUAUCCGCAGGAAAUUAUAAUUGUUUGUGUCCGACAAAUCCAUGUUCAAGUAACCCAUGUCAAUAUGGAAGUUGCGUUGUAAUCAAUUCUGGUCUUGGAUAUAGUUGUUCAUGUUAUUCAAAUUAUCUAGGUUUACAAUGUAAUCUACAAAGCCCGUGUACUUUAAAUACAUGCUAUAAUGGUGGUCUAUGUAAAGCCACUCUAAAUGAUGCAAAUACACAAGUAAUUCCAACAUGUGAAUGUCAAUCUUCUCUGGGUAGUUCUUGUCAAUAUUAUAAUCCAUGUGUAUCAUUGCCAUGUAUGAAUAAUGGAACAUGUGCAGGCUAUGCAAAUGUAACGUAUUUCUAUCGUUGUACUUGUCCUAUGGGUUACUCUGGUGACCGUUGUCAAUAUUAUGUAGCACAAGUUCGUUGUGACUCUGUUAAUAUUCCAAAUACUUGCCGCAAUGGUGGUACUUGUGUGUUAAUUGGUACGAAUACACAAUGUCUUUGUACAUCAAUGUAUACUGGCUCAUUAUGUGAAAGUCUAAUUAAUAUGUGUAAUUUACCUGUAUGCCAAAAUGGUGGAACAUGUGUAACACUGAAUAGUAUCAAUGUUCUAUGUCAAUGUUUACCAUCGUUUCAAGGGCAAUACUGUCAAUAUCCGACAGAUCCGUGUUCAGUUCAACCAUGUCUUAAUGGUGGAAAAUGUAUUUCAUCAUCAUCGACGUUUACAUGUAAUUGUGCACAAACCAUGUAUACAGGAUCAAGAUGUGAAGCAUUAAUUUCAUCACCAUGUACAAUAAAUCCAUGUUUAAAUAGUGGUACAUGUCAACCAGUUGGUUCAUCAUAUGUUUGUUUGUGUCAAACAGGUUUUACUGGUCUAACAUGUGCACAAUCAAUAAAUAUUUGUUCAACAAUUCAAUGUCUUAAUGGUGGAACUUGUGCAAACUAUGGUACAUUUAGUUUAUGUAACUGUGUAAUUACUUACACUGGCGAUCGUUGUCAAUAUGCCAAUCUAUGCUAUCCAACUUCACCAUGUUUAUAUGGUGGAACAUGUAUAUCUGUACUAAAUAGUUUUUCAUGUCAAUGUCCCGUUGGUCGAACAGGUACAACAUGUCAAUUAUUAUUUGAUAAUCCAUGUGCAGGCGGUUAUCAGUGCCUAAAUAGUGGAACAUGUAUCAUAUUAUCAGGUACAACACAAGUAGGUUGUUUGUGUCCAAACAAUUUUACCGGUGAAAAAUGUGAAUUAGCGUUGUCACCUGUUUCUACACAAACAACAUUAUCAUCAUCGAUUAUAACAAUUGUUUCUCAAUCAUCACCAGUGACUAUUCAAACAACAUCAUCGAACUAUUUAAAUAUGACUAAUGCACCAUAUAUAUGUAAUGAUAUAUCACUUGCUUGUCUUGCUUAUGGUGCUUAUUGUGCUCGUGAAAUUGAAUUUUCUGGUGUUCCAUGUCGAGUUCUGUGUCCAAGAACUUGUAAUACUUGUUGCGAAGACUUCUAUACAGAUGGUACAUGUUCAUUAGAAAAAUGUCAAAUUAAUCCUCAACUAGAGCCUUAUUGUCGAAAAUCAUGCAUCUGCAAAAUAUGA